UAAGCUAAAAACAACUAUUUAUUAAGAUGAAGUGGACCACGGCCAAUCUUAAGCACCCCAAUUAUACAGCACAACAUGAAAUUUACGUGGGAACACACACGGGAUCUUUCAAACACCUUCUGCCGGCCUCGGAGAAAACCCCACACGGACAGAGAAACAUCAGUGAUCUUAAGGACUUGGACAAGGAAUCGCGGGUCACUUCUCUGGCUUUUGGCAACGAGUCGCGAACAGAAAUUCUGCUUGGCCGAGGUAAAAACAUCGCCGAGUUGCAUUCCAUUGGGGAAGGAGGGUUCUCCGCGCGACAUGUGAGUUUCAGCGCAGCUCCCAUUGUUGGCCUGGCUCGCUUCAACGAAAAACUGAUUGCCGGCAUUGGGAAUGGGGAGCUGCAAAGCCUGGAGCUAGACCCCGAAGAAGAAACGGCACCUGUUGUUAUCUCCACUGGUACCCAAAUGGAUCAUCUACGUCAGUGCACACAGGCCAGGAACAUUGUGGCCACUGGUGGCAAGGAGCGACAAAAUAAUCUGAAAGUCUACGACCUGAGCGCUGACGGCAAGCAGAUUUUUACUUCGAAGAACUUGCCAAAUGAUUAUCUGCAGCUGGAGGUCCCUGUUUGGGACAGUGACAUUGGCUUUGUGGACGGUCCCAGUGUUUUGGCGACGUGCUCCCGACACGGAUAUGUUCGCCUCUACGACACCCGCAAGCAGCGCCGUCCCGUCUCCUGCUUUGCCAGCGAGGAGCACGGAAUGAGCUUCGCGACUCUGGUGGCACAAGGAAACUACAUCUACACGGGUACCACAAUGGGCGCCCUGAAGGCCUUCGACACUCGACGCAUGAAAACUCAUGUGCACACGUACAAGGGAUUCACGGGUGGCAUAAGCGACCUGCAUUUGGAUCCCACUGGACGGUUCUUGAGCUCUGCCAGCUUAGAUCGUUAUGUGCGCAUCCACGACGCCGACUCUACAGUGCUGCUCUAUCAAUGCUAUGUUAAAUCGAAGGCUACCAAGAUCCUCAUCCGCCAACUAAAGGAGGAAAAACCAGAGGCUGAUGCUGAAGAAGAGGAGGAGGAGGAAAUUGAUAAUAUAGUGCCACAGAAGCCUAGUAUCAAGACAGCCCCUGUGGACGAUGAAUACGAGUAUAUGUUUGAUCAGAUGCCAACUGUGGGCGACAGCGAAGACGAAUCUGGAGAACAAGUUGAAGAGACUGUUAAGGUGGAAAAGGCCAAGCAAAAGCGCAAGGGACCGAACCAGUCGCAGAAGACGAAAAAGAAGAAAGUUUAAAUUAUCCAUUUACUUAUUAAUUUUUAGAUCCAAGUUUUAUAUUAAAACGUAUUAAUAUGUAA